GCUCACGAGUGAGGUAAUCCCUAUGCACAGAUUCAUCUUCUUGAAACACGGUGUACUAGUGAAGACGAGCUAAGCAGCUAUAUCUGACGAACCGAAUCAGCGACCGCGACGAUGGGAUAUAUUUGUAUUAGUACUAGAGCACUUUUACACGUUACGACUACAUACCGCUGAAGAAGGACCAUUUAGUGUGUUAUUUAGUAGAAAAAUUACAUACGUUAUAGCUAGUUCAUCGCUCUAUUUCCACGGCGACACACUGAAAUAAAAAUGCAAGGACAACUAUCCCACGAGAAAAGUGUUACAGUUACACAUUUGUUGGAGUUUCCGCAUCACAAAUUUUCUCUGUGUGGCAGAGAAAACUUGUAAUGCAAAAAUCAUAAGGGAAAAUACGUAGGAAACGAGACCCGCAAGCAUUUUCUGCAUGACAGAGGUUGUCUCUCUUGCGGCUCCUGCAACACAAUGUGUAAGUGUAACACUUUUUUCUUGCGAUAACAACCUCCGGGCUCCAGUUACGCGGCCCGGUCCGCGCUCGAGGCCCGCAUGAUGGGUCGUUAUGCAUUGCAAAAGUAUCGUACUCGUAUAAAUGCAUUACAAAUUUCCCCAGCAUGAGAAAUAAAAUUUGUCAUGCGGAUUUACCGUAAGAAAAAAAUUUUUAAUGCAUGAAUGCAAUUACAACUACGAGUGCGAUACUUUUGCACAGGAUAGUCACGGCGGCGGCGCAAAGGGAUCCAGGCCAGGCGGCAAGGGAGCUCCGCCCGCGGCGGCCCCGGCGGCACCCAUAUCAAAUGUAAAAAUGUCUGGGUCUGGAAGAAUGCAAAUUGUCAUGCUGAAUCUGAAGCAUGCAAAAAUCUGUGUUGCAUGAUUACCAAAAGAUGUCCACUUUUGACCAGUUCGAUAGGGAGUUUCUCAUGCAGGAUAGGCAUGAUAGACACCUCACAGCGUUUGUCAUGCUAGGUGUUGCACUCCAGGCCUCAUGGGUCAUGGAAGAACAGCAUCACAAAUCUUGCAUUCUUCCAGACCCAGACAUUUUUGCAUUUGAUAACCCAAAAAGGACGACAACCCCUAUGAAGAGGAUGACUUCGAUAUUACAAUGAAAAAUGCCCCCACCCCCGAACUUGAAAGCAUUUGUAUUGCAAACCUUUCCAAAUGAAACAUUCGCCCUCUUGCGUGUAUCAGCAUCACAGAUUUCCGAUCGUGAAUAGCAAAAAUUUGUAUUGCAAAAGAUCCCAGCAAGAGCGGUGCUUGUCAUGCAAGCGAUGCUGUAUACGCCUAGACUCUGCAUCAGAAAGAUUUGUAGUCCUUUCAUGCAUGACAAAAAGGUUUCAUUUGGAAACUUCGCAUCACAAAUCAUUGCAACUUUGGGGGUGGGGGCAUUUUUCACUGUAAUAUUCGACCGCAUGGACAAGCAGGAAAAGUUAGACCAAGAAGUCGCGGAAAACCUGGAGGAAGCAGGUACUAUAAUAUGACGAAUUGCAGUCAGGCAUGCAUGAGGAAUCUAGACCUUCUACCGUAUCAAGCAUGACAAAUUGCGUUUUUAGAUGAACUAGUGCUUUUGCACAUGCACUGCAUAGAUGACGAGACACCGAAAAUGCAAAACUCCUCUACAGAUAAGAAAGCAGAAGCGGAGGCAAAGAAGAAGGCUGAGGAGGAGAAGAAAAAGAGGAAAACAAGUGCCUACAUGACCAAGUACGAGCGGGCAAGAAUAAUAGGUAUCGCAAAUUAUACUUCACUGCAGUUGCGACUGUGUGCCGCGAAAAAUUGUUCUGCUUUUUUCACCAUCAAGACCAACACACCCAUGCAGGGUCCUGGCAUGAGAUGAAUAUGAAAGGUGACGCGGGUCGUCGCACUAUCCAACCUCGCAAGUUAUAAAACUCCUUUCAGGUACGCGUGCGAUGCAGAUUUCGUUAAAUUCGCCAAUAAUGGUCCCGUUGGACGUGGGAGAAGACGAUCCGAUGGAAAUCGCCGAAAAAGAGCUCCGCCAAGGGAAAAUUCCCUUCCACAUCCGAAGGAAGCUGCCAAACGGGGAAACGGAGAUUUGGAAAGUGGAAGAGUUGAUCGACCCCAACUAAUUGGGUGCUUUACUUGUACAACUCUUGACCGCCACAUGAGAAGUUUUUCAAAUCAACCAACAUGAAUUCUUCGAUUUUAUGUUGUGUCACCACGCGGAAAAGGUACGUAGCACAGCGAGCUCUCUUUGUUGAGAAGUAUUACUACGCAUCGAACCAACCUCAGAACAAAGUGGGUAUU